AUGUGGGAGAGUGAAAAUGAGAGGGAAAUUGAAGUCCGUAGCUUGAAUGGGGAAUCAAUAACAGUAUCAAUUGAACCAAACAAGACUAUUCAGGACCUUAAGACCAUCCUCAAGCAACAAUUCCAUCCGGCCGCCUCGUCCCCGAAUUUCCAUCUAUUCCUCAAGGGUGUGAAACUGAAGUUGCAGAGUGAGAUUAGUAGCUAUGCUGUGGGCCUUGGAGAAUUUUUAGUUCUCUUUCCAUUUACAAAGAAGGAUAAGCAACAGACUGAGAGAAUGGAGGAAUCUGAAGGACCAUCAAAAGAACCGAACCCCAGUGAGAGCUCUGUAAAUAACUUGGCCGAGUCAGCAUGGUCGGAAAUGAUGCAAGACCUAUCGGCUUUGCAUGACGUUUCUAGGAAUGAAAAUCUGCCCAAUGUUGAAUUGAAUAGCAUGAAUGUCGAAUACAAGGACACCCAUGCUGAGAGGACAACUUCAAGAACCAAGCGCAAAAGAGUGCCGAAUAGGGACAAAAAGGAAGGACAUUUGGAUGACCUUUUGUCGAGUAUGUUACAGAAGUCUAGCAAUGAGGUUCUAGAUGAACAGAACUGUAAAGUAUUUAUUGAGGUUUUGGAGUCUUCAAGUUGUUUAAAUGAUCCAAGAUUGGGGACUUGCGUGAUGAGGGAAGCUAGUGAUAUACAGGACAAUGAAACAGACCCUUCUACGAGCGAUAGCAGUUCGUGCAUCUGUCCACCAUGGUUGAAGGACAUAGUUAUGGCCUUUACUUUUUCCAACAUAUAUUCUGCUUGGCUUCAACUUCACCAGGAAAAGAUUACCAUCAGUGCUCUGCAGAGUGCAUUAGACCAACUCCAUAGAUUUGGAUUCCGGCCUGGUAUUACGGAACUGGAGCAUCUAUCUGAACUUUGUCCUCAGAUAAUACGCAUUGUUAACAAUGAAGCAGGAACUGCAAAAUUGCGUAAUUGCAUCAUUAUCACUAAAACAUUGACAGAAGAAAGUGAUCACCAUGAGAAUCUACUUGCCAAAGGUGCAAAAUGCUUACCUAGAUCUAAGAUUUUCAAUUCGAUGAAGAAAAGAGAAGGCUGCUUCAAAAAUACUCUCUCUGAGGCUGUCAAAUCAGUAAAGUACAAAAAUGGAAAAGAGAUGGUCAAGUCCUUUUUAUUAGAAGAUCUUAUCUUUGUGAAGAAAGGGGAUACCGCUACAAUUGAAACUGAAGUUAAAUUAGUCAGGAGAAAUUACUCUUCCACUUCAGUCAUUCAUUCAUAUGAAGCACAAUGUCAUGACACAAAUUCAUUGUUAGCAGAGGAAAUGAUUCAGCAUCUAAAAAGAGGCAUAGGAUCUCAAGGACAGGUGGUUCAUAUUGAAGAGAUCAGUGCACGGAUUGCUAAGUAUGUUGAGAUCCCAUGUAUGCUUUCGGAGAACAUAAAGGUUGCACUCAAACGUGUGGGGAUUACUAGAUUGUAUAGCCACCAGGCUGAGUCCAUUGAAGCUUCCCUUGCUGGGAAGAAUGUAGUCGUGGCUACCAUGACUUCUAGUGGGAAGUCUCUUUGCUACAACGUGCCUGUUCUGGAAGUAUUAUCCCACAAUCAGUUAGCUUCUGCUCUGUACCUCUUUCCUACAAAGGCAUUAGCCCAAGAUCAACUACGAUCUUUGUUGGUUUUGACCCGUGGGCUUGAUGAUAGCUUAAAUAUUGGGAUCUAUGAUGGGGAUACUUCUCAGGAAGAUAGAUUAUGGCUGCGCGAUAAUGCCAGAUUGUUGAUUACAAAUCCCGAUAUGCUACAUGUUUCAAUCUUGCCAUUCCACAGACAGUUCAGGCGAAUUUUAUCAAAUCUUCGGUAUAUCAUUAUUGACGAGGCUCACUCUUAUAAGGGAGCAUUUGGUUGUCAUGCUGCUCUUAUUUUUAGAAGGCUCCGCCGACUUUGUUUUCAUGUUUAUGGAAGUGAUCCUUCUUUUAUAUUCAGCACUGCGACAUCUGCAAACCCCAGGGAGCAUGCUAUGGAACUUGCAAAUGUACCGACAGUUGAGUUAAUUGAGAACGAUGGUAGCCCUUCCGGUUCAAAGCUUUUCAUGCUCUGGAAUCCCCCUUUAUGCCUGAAAAGUGUUUGGAAAAAAACAAAGACUAGCAUGCAGUCCAAAAAGUGUUUUGAUAAGAAUGUAGUUACUGGACGAACAAGUCCUAUUCUAGAGGUUUCGUACCUCUUCGCAGAAAUGAUUCAGCAUGGCCUUCGUUGUAUUGCAUUUUGCAAAACCCGAAAACUUUCUGAACUUGUUCUAAGCUACACGCGUGAAAUUCUUCAAGAUGCUGCACCCCAUCUAGUCAAUUCAAUAUAUGCUUACCGUUCGGGCUAUAUCGCUGAGAAUAGGAGAAGAAUUGAGACUGACUUAUUCAAUGGCAGUAUAUCUGGCAUUGCUGCCACAAAUGCCCUUGAGUUGGGCAUUGACGUUGGAAACAUUGAUGUUACUCUGCAUCUUGGAUUUCCUGGUAGCAUAGCCAGUCUUUGGCAACAAGCUGGAAGGUCAGGCAGAAGGGAAAAGCCAUCACUUUCUAUAUAUGUUGCAUUUGAAGGGCCUUUAGAUCAAUACUUCAUGAAGUUUCCUCAGAAACUCUUCAGGGGCCCCAUUGAGUGUUGCCAUAUUGAUACGAAGAAUGAACAGGUGCUUGAACAGCAUUUGGUAUGUGCUUCUCUAGAGCAUCCACUGAGUCUGCUUCACGACAAAAAGUAUUUUGGUCCAGGAUUAGAAAGUGCAAUACUGACACUUAAAACUAAGGGAUACCUGAGUACUGAUCUGUCACGUGAUUUCAAUGCUAGAAUAUGGAGUUACAUCGGGCACGAGAAAUGUCCAUCAAGUGCUGUUAGUAUAAGGGCCAUAGAAAAUGUCCGUUAUAAAGUGAUCGACAAGAUAAAGGAUGAAGUCCUUGAAGAAAUUGAGGAAAGCAAGGCUUUCUUUCAGGUUUAUGAAGGUGCCGUGUACAUGAAUCAAGGGAAAACCUAUCUUGUAAAGCAUUUGGAUUUAUCGAGCAAAAUUGCUUGGUGUCAUGAAGCUGACCUGAAGUACUACACAAAAACUCGUGAUUACACGGAUAUUCAUGUUAUUGGCGGCCAUAUAGCCUAUCCAGUGAGGAUUACCAAUGACCGAUUUCCAAGAACAACAGCCCAAGUGCACAAUUGCAAGGUAACAACUACUUGGUUUGGUUUCCGUCGCAUAUGGAGAAGAAGCAACCAAGUUUUUGAUACUGUGGAGCUGUCACUUCCUGAUUAUUCCUAUGAAUCGCAGGCAGUUUGGAUUCGUGUUCCACAAUCUGUGAAAACAACUGUGGAGACUUUAAGUUAUUCAUUUCGUGGAGGUUUACAUGCUGCCGGGCAUGCUCUUCUUAAUAUAAUUCCUCUAUAUAUUAUAUGCAACCCAUCUGACUUAGCUUCUGAGUGUAUAAAUCCUCACGAUGCUCGUUAUAUCCCAGAGAGAAUUCUGCUUUACGAUCCUCAUCCUGGAGGUGCAGGCAUUUCAGCAAAGGUUCAACCUAUUUUCACUGAGCUUUUAACUGCUGCUUUGGAACUGCUUACUUCAUGCCAUUGCUCUGGAGAUGCUGGUUGCCCUAAUUGUGUACAAAAUUUUGCUUGUCAUGAGUAUAAUGAAGUCCUGCACAAGGAUGCGGCUAUAAUGAUAAUCAAGGGUGUUUUAGAUGCUGAGCAAUCCAACUUCAAGGGGACUGCUGAAGCAUCUUGA